GACAGAUGCAAGCACUAGACGUUUAAAGAGGUACAUACAAUACGCUUAACACUUUAAGGCUAUACUAUACUUAGCAACAAAGACGGGCCGGGCCCUCCGCAAACUUUUGGGCCCAAAGUAAACUAACUCUAGACCACGAUCCAUCGCAACGACAGCCAACCUCGCCCUACGCCAAUCGACACAACAAUCGCAUCAUAUGUAGCCUAACCGGGCUCUCCGGCCAGCAACAAUGAACCCGAUGCCACGCCGAAUCCUGCUGGGCGGCAGGCCGCUAAUCCGCUACUUCACGCAACUCCCCCGAUCCCGCCCCCAGCUCCCCUACCUCCACCACUCCUCCCCGCGUCCCCGCACCUUCUACGCACGCAUCCUCACCAAGGAGCGCAAAGCAUGGCUCAAGAUGGAGCUGCGCUGGGGCAUCUACGCCCUCUCCUCGGGCGUGCUGCUGUUCAUCGCCGCAUACGGCUUCGAGCAGGAGAAGAUGGAACGCGAGUUCCCCAGCCCGCACGAAUACACCUUCUGGUCGCGCAAACUGUACCGCGGUUGUCGGGUCCACGAUUCGGAGAAACUCCGCGAUGCAGGUGGUGUGAACUGGACGUUCAGCGGGGAUAGAUAUAUGCAGCUGCUGAAGCGGCUGGAGGACCCGGAGAUCGAUGGCGCGGGACUAGUACAGCAGGGCGAGGACGAGAGCCAGAUCCUCAUCCCCGGCGUGGGAAGGUCAGGAUACGACAUCACCGCCAAACCAGAGAACUGGCGUAGAGGCUACUACGAAGCCCUCCUGGGCGCAGCACGCGCAGCCGAAUUCCUCGACUCCUGCGCCAAAGAUAAAACCCGCGGCCUCGUCUUCCCCAAAGUCGCCAUCGUCGGCCCCUCGAACCCAAACCCUCGUCCCCUCCAGCCCGGAUGCCCCCCACCGCCGCACGAAGAUGAUUGUGAGCCGGCGUAUUUACCGCCGGAGACUUUCUAUAUGCGUAUCUUGACGACAACCGGCUUCACAGACACCCAGCGCCUCUACGCUGCGCUUGCCUACGGAUCGUGGCUGGAUUACAAGGGGACGCCUGAGGCGGCGGGAGAGAUGUUCAAGUGGGGUCUUGAUAUCGCGAAGUCUAGCAUCGCAGAGCCUGAUUCGGUGGUGGAUCCAGCGACGCACACAAUCAAACCGACAGCCGUAGCGCCGUCACGGAAUGUGCUCCGCGCCACAACAGCAAUGGCGGAGCAUAAGGCUAGGAAUAAAGACCUCGCCGGUGCUCUACCAAUUUUCCUAUCUGUUCUCCGGGCGCGGCGCGCGCUGCCGGCUGCACCGCCAAAGCAGGUGGAAGAUCGAGGGGGAUUAGCUAAGCAGGCUGUCGAUUUAGUCAAGUAUGCGCUCAUCCCGCCGGAAUUCCCGCCUCCGCCACCGGAUGGAAAUCUAGCCCCUACUCGGGGAUCGGAGGAGAAAUGCGAGGAGGCGGCGCUGAUGGCGUUUAUUGGGGAGAUUAUGUAUGCUUCCGCCUCUGAUAUAGCGGGGAAGGAGAGCGGGCUCGCGUGGACGAGGGAGAGUGUUGAUGUUGCGGAAGAGGAGUUGAGAGGCGGGGUUAAGGAGGAUAGGGUGUGCAGACAGUGUUUGCAGACGGGGUUGGAUAAUUGGAGUCAGAUGGUUGGGAAGCUUGCUAAGGAGGAGAAGAGGAGGAAGAAGGAGGGGGGUGGUGUGGUGAAGAAGGGGUGGUUUGGACGAGGCCAGGAGGUGGUGGAGGAGGGGGUGGGGAGGUGGGAGGCGGAGGAGAGGUUGGUGAUGAUGAGGUUUAAGAGGGCGAGGGAUGUGUUGGAUGUGGAGAAGGUGGAUUUGAGUAAGUUGUAUAUUUUUAGAUGAGCAAUGUAUGAGUAAGUUGUUAAGCUCCUAGGGGUGCUUUCUUCAAUCAGAAGUACUCUUGUUAUUGAUCAAGAGGAUUAAAUAAAUAUAAUACCCAACCAUUUCGUUA